UCCGCCCCUACCGCCCAGCCCCGGAGCCCCAGUCAGGGGACCCUCUAUCCGACGUCCCCCGGCCUCCGGGCACCUGGCUCAGCAGGAGGCCUCCGGCUCGGGGCAGGGCAGGGCCGGCGGGGGUGAGCCGGACCCUGCCUGCCACCCGAGCCCCGCCGAGCCCUCAGAGCCCACCGAUGGGGCACCAGUUCCGCGUGCCUCCUCGCCUGGCCGCGCCCACCCCGGCGCCCCGAGCCACGCAGAGGAAGAUCCCGGUGCAGUGACCCGGGAGCCGCCCAAGACUCCGGGAGGCUCAGGGACCGGAGCAGCAGGAGGUUCCCCGCACCUCCAGGCGCUUCCAGGCAGCUCUUCUUGCCGUGCCAGGGGCUCAACCCGCCAUUCCCAGCCCCGAGCCAUGAUGAAGACCUUGUCGAGCGGGAACUGCACGUUCAGCGUGCCGGCCAAGAACUCCUACCGCAUGGUGGUGCUGGGCGCCUCCCGCGUGGGCAAGAGCUCCAUCGUCUCCCGCUUCCUCAACGGCCGCUUCGAGGACCAGUACACGCCCACCAUCGAGGACUUCCACCGCAAGGUGUACAACAUCCGCGGCGACAUGUACCAGCUCGACAUCCUGGACACCUCCGGCAACCACCCCUUCCCCGCCAUGCGCAGGCUCUCCAUCCUCACAGGCGACGUCUUCAUCCUGGUGUUCAGCCUGGAUAACCGGGAGUCCUUCGACGAGGUCAAGCGCCUGCAGAAGCAGAUCCUGGAGGUCAAGUCCUGCCUAAAGAACAAGACCAAGGAGGCGGCGGAGCUGCCCAUGGUCAUCUGCGGCAACAAGAACGACCACGGUGAGCUGUGCCGCCAGGUGCCCACCACCGAGGCCGAGCUGCUGGUGUCGGGGGACGAGAACUGCGCCUACUUCGAGGUGUCGGCCAAGAAGAACACCAACGUGGACGAGAUGUUCUACGUGCUCUUCAGCAUGGCCAAGCUGCCGCACGAGAUGAGCCCCGCCCUGCACCGCAAGAUCUCCGUGCAGUACGGCGACGCCUUCCACCCGCGGCCCUUCUGCAUGCGCCGCAUCAAGGAGGCCGACGCCUACGGCAUGAUCUCGCCCUUCGCCCGCCGCCCCAGCGUCAACAGUGACCUCAAGUACAUCAAGGCCAAGGUCCUCCGGGAGGGCCAGGCCCGAGAGAGGGACAAAUGCACCAUCCAGUGAGCGGGGACGCUGGGGAGGGGCCUGGAGGGAGGUGGCCCCGAUGCCCCUGCCCACAUCCCCGGCGAGGCCCCGCGGCGCAAUUGUGCGAGGACCGUUGGCACAGACGGAGGCUCCGGCGCUCACCUCUGUACGUUCACCCGCCUGCUCACCGCUUCCCCCCGAGUCCGCUUCCCUGUAGGACCCGAGACGGCUCGCCAGACGACAGGAGCUUCGCAGAGGCCCUACGCGGAGCCUCCCCGCCCGCGGGGUGGAAGAAGCGCCGAUGCCACACAGACCGGGGCUCCUGCGUCCAGCGGAGCCUCCCGGCACAAGUCGCAGGAUGAAAGCAACAGCCGGGAGCCGGACGGGGCGGGAGAGGGCUCCGCGCUCCUGGUGGGAGACCCGGCCUGGUCUUGGUGGCAGCUGGCGAACCCCCUCCCAAUCCUGCAACCCUGCCCUCUGGCGCAGCGUGUCUGCCCCCGCCUCUGCACAUGCGCGCGCGGGUCGCCACGCCCCUGGCACGGGCACGUGUGAGGGGGCGUGGCCAUGCGCUUAGACCACGCCCAUCUCGACCUCAGCCCUCAGCCCCCUCUCCCCGUCCCUCCCUGUGAUGCUGUGUGUGCUUGGUUGUUGCAGCCGCUGUCACGCGUGUGUACCCAUAGACACGGGAGCAUCGUGCUGUGCGAGCCUCGUCUCCCCUCCUGGGCCGGCCCCCCAGUCCAGGCCCACUGCCUCUGCCGGGGACCCCUCCCUCCCACGCCCAGACGGGGCACCCUCGGCCUGCCUGCAGCUAGACACUGGCCUCUGUGCCGAGCUCCACAGUUUACAGACACUUGCACACGCGUGGGGGCGGGCAGGCCGGCGGCUUCUCCGCCGUACCCCCAUUUCACAGGGGACAGCUGACACUCGAGGGAAAGCGACAUGUCCCAGGCCCCACCGCUGUGCCCUAGCUAGUUCAGGGCAGAGCUCCGCCUAGAACUAGGCCAUCUUCUCCCAUGCUUGUUCCUCAAGCAUUUAUUGAGCACCUACUGGGUGCUGGGUCCACUGUGUGCUAGGAAACCAAGAGGGUCCCCAGCCCUGGCCUCUGCCCCCCCACCUUCGGCACUCGCAGCGGUUGGCAGGGGCCAGAGCUGAGCUGCGAGGGGUCCGGCAGCAAGCUCCUAGGGGGUCUUUCCCUUGUGGCCCGGGUUGGGCUGUGCCGGAUACCGCCCUGGACUCAGGCGUGGUGGGCUUCGAACCUGUAAACCAAAGGCCCUUGUCACAGCUCUUAACAAAUAUAUUUUGUAUUUUAAUGUCCUUAAAAAUAUUGACGGGUAGGGCCGGAGGGAACCUUAGUGAUCAUCUAGUGAGUCUCUCUGAGGCCCGGGGAGGGUAAGUAACUUGCCCCAGGCCACACAGCAAGUCCUUGAGUGGCAGAACAGACCCGCUCUGGGCGUUCGGUGCACUCCAUGGUGUGUGCCCCUCUUCUGAUGGUGUCUAAUCCCCGACCCUCUCCCUAGGUCAGCUGUGAGGGUUCCUGUAGAUACUGUGUACAGCGCGCCCAUGUACAUACAUGCACACACACAGAUGCGCACACGCCCCGGCCCAGCUCUGCACACCAACACCUGCACCCAGCCCCAGCCCCGUGUGUGUCUGUGCUCGAGGCAGCAGCUCUGACCUCGCCUUGUCCCCUCCCCCCCGCCGAGCCCUCUGAGCACACCAGACCAGGCACCUCGGCCACGCAGGUGUGUGGCUGGCCCCACCAGGCCACAGCCCCUGCCCUGGGUCUCCGUGUGCACUGUCAAAUAAAGUGGGUUUGUUACAAAGCUG